AUGGCAAGCUUGAGAGUUUCUUGUGUGGUUGCAUUGAUGUGCAUGGUGGUUAUUACUGCACCCAUGUCAGAGGCUGCAAUCUCGUGCGGAUCGGUAGCUGGGGCCCUUGCUCCGUGCCUUAAUUAUCUUACGGGUCGUUCUAGUCUUUCACCAGGAUGCUGUAUUGCUGUGAGGAGACUUAACGCGCAGGCACAAAGUAGCCCCGACCGUAAGGAUGUUUGCAACUGCUUGAAAGGUGCUGCUGGUUCUAUUCGUGGUUUGAAUCUCAACACCGCAGCUACUCUCCCUGGCAAAUGUGGUGUUACUCUUCCUUACACGAUUAGCCCCUCUACCAACUGUAAUGCUAUCGGGAUCUAA